GAUUCUCACCUGGAGACUGCGGAAGCUUGUCAGAAGUCGAGCUUCCUUCGCCCGCGUCAAGAGAUAUUCCGGCGCCUCGCUGUUAAGCUGCCAGUCAGUCGCUCGAGCUGUCAGUCACUCGAGCUGUUAGUUACUCGCAUUGUCAGUCGCUCGAGCUGUCAGUCACUCGAGCUGUUAGUUACUCGCAUUGUCAGUCGCUCGAGCUGUCAGUCACUCGAGCUGUUAGUUACUCGCAUUGUCAUUCGGUCAAACUGUCAGUCAACCGAACUGCCAGUCGUUCAAACUGUCUGUCACGCGAGCUGUCAGUAGCUCAAGCUGUCAGUCACUCAAGCCUCAAGUCGUCAGUCAGUUCACGCAAGUCACUGGUUAAGAUGCUGCCGUCAUACUUGAGUGUUGCUUUCAUCGUGGCCGCGGUUCGGGACGGCUCGAUGCCCGUGGACAGCUGCGCCCCCGUCUGCCCCAGCCCGUCGGCUACGACUAAUAGGGUUCCCGACCCGACCGACUGCACCCGCUACUACUACUGCCUGACGGACGGCAGCGCGACCGACUUCACGGAGAAGUGUCCCGACGGCAUGCUCUUCGAUAACGUCAGCUCCGAUUGCAUGGACGCCGCCUCCGCCACGUGCCUGACGUGCGAGCCCACCUGCAAAUUCGAGUGCCCGGCGGACGGCAGCACGGCCCUCGUGGCCAACAGCGAAGACUGCCGCUCGUUCUUUGUGUGCAACAACGGGGGAUCUGUGCCCGUGUCGUGCGACCCCAACAAGCCUUUCUUCAACGGCACGACGUGCACGACGGAGGAAAGCCAGUGCUGCGACAGGUGCCAAGUCUACUGCGAGCAGGAGUUCACGGAGAUCCCCGACCCGGCCAACUGCACCAACUUCUACUACUGCGCGCGCAAGGGCUUCCCGACGGAGGAGGACCUUCACCACUGCGCCGACCGGGCGGUCUUCAAUCAGGAGACGCACCACUGCGACAGUGAGGCGGAGUGCGUGCAGCCGUGCGCGUCGCUGUCGUCGCUGCCGCCCUUGGUCUCCACCACCACCGUCGGCUCGGACUGCGUCACCAACUUCGUCUGCCAGACCACCGGAUACUUCCCCAUGUGUACCCACAUCUGCGACCCGCACUACUAUUUCUGCAGCGCCGGCGACAUCGGCCACACCGUGCAGCCUCUCCAGUGCCCCACCGGGACGGUGAUCGACCCGACGAUCAUGCGCUGCGUCAACCCCGGAAACUGUCCGUUCCGGGCGCGCCCGUGAGCGUAGGUCCUGGCCCGGAUGGGAUGGGGGGUGACUGGGGUCAUGCUGGUGCCCUGCCGAGGGGGCACUCGAGGCAGGACGGGAUAAUCUAUCGUGUCUAUGAGAGGGAAAUAACCCUUGUACUUCUUUUGCUAUAACUGUAAAUAAAUCAUCAAUAUA